AUGUUGAACGCUUCCAUCUCCCACCGAAAGACACCGGGGAAAGACACCGCCCCCACCCAAACUGACACCCCCUUCUCCAACGACAUCACCAAAACCACCAUCCGCCAAGCCAACACCACCACCAAGAACCCGCGCCUCCAGCUCCCGAGUCCGCAGUGGUGGCUCCUCGCCAUCCCCUCCUUCCUCAUCUCCCUCCACGGCGCCCUCUUCUUCACGGGCCUCACCCCAGGCGACCCGCAAAUCAAAGCCCGCAUCCUCGCCUCCACGGGCGGCUGCGUCCACAUAUUCGGCUCCUUCAUCGCCAUGGGCCUUGGGCCGUUCCAGUUCCUCCCCUCACUGCGCCACGCGUACCCGGCCUUCCACAAGUGGCUCGGCUGGGUGUACGCCGCGGCCGUGGCGGCUGGCGGCGUGGCGGCGUUCUAUGUCACGUUCCACAGUCUCGCACUGCCAUGGGGGCGGGUGGGGUUUGCAGCCCUGGCAUGCGCGUGGCUGGAGACGCUGCGGAGGAGCAUUGUGGCGGUGAAGAGGGGUGAUGUGAAGGGGCAUAUGGGCUGGAUGACGAGGAACUUUGCGUGCACUUAUGCGGCGGUCAUGUUGAGGUGGCAGCUACCGUUAAUGAUUGUGGCCGGCAUGGAGGUGAAGUUUGCGCUGUCGAUUACGGGGUUCAUCUCUUGGAUUCCGAAUUUGAUUUUUGUUGAGUACUUCGUGUUGAGCUGA